AUGUGGGCAAAAGAAAUAUUUUUGGGGACAAAAGACAGCCUGAAUUAUUUUCAAGCAGCAAAAAUACUAAUGCGCUCAAAAGAUAUCCACAAGCCAUUAAUCUUAUCAAUCUGCUGAACUGGUUUUGUAUUCCUCGGAUCAUUGCUUUGUUUCAGCUUAAUUUUAGAUCCCCUCUUGCAGAUCUAUCCAAGAAUUGAAAGGCUUUUUACAAUUUUUUACUAUAUUUUAUGGCUGUUUCCUUUAUACUUCAUUUGCUUUAUCCUUAACACAUUUUGCUAUGCCGAUAUAGCCCUUUCUGCUUUUCAGCAAAUUCAUGGUCAGCCUAAAGCUACAGCUUUAUCAAUAUCAAGAAGAAUUGCAUAUGAAGCUCAUAGAGGAUUAAUUAUAGGGAUUUAUGUAAUGGAAGUCACAUUUAUAUCAUUGCUUCCUUUUUCAGAGAUUUUAGAUUUAUUCUUACUGAGUUGGCUUUAUUCAUUUUAUUGCUUUGAAUAUAGAUGGGCGCUUGAAGGAAAAACGAUCAACCGUGAAAUUUCGAUAAUCGAGCAUAAUUCCUUUUAUUAUUUUGGAUUUGGUCUACCUUUUGCACUGAUAACGUUCUGAUUUCCAGGUCUGAUGGGUAAUGGAUUAUGGCUUUUGAUUUUCCCAGUGUUUAUGGUAACAGCACUCAUAUCUAAGCCGCCAUCUGAAAAGCACACUGUAAGAAUUCCACUUUUUAAAUUCGCACAUAGGGUAUCAAGUACAUUGGAGGUAUUUUUGUUAAAAAAAUAA